CAGUUUCAUUUUUAUCCGUUUGAGCUUUUCUUUUCUCUCUCCUAGGGUUUCGACUUCCUUUGUGCUUUCUCUCGAAUCUUCUGUCGCUUUAUCGUCCUCUUUUUGCUUCAAUGGCGCAGCAGGAGGUCCAGAACGGAGGAGCUGAGAAGGUCGCCGAGGCCGUGGCCUUCACGGCGGUGAAGCCGCAGCUGCUGGUCGAAGCUCCGAAGGCCAGCGACGCCGUUCAGUUCUACAAGGCUGCGUUCGGCGCUGAGGAGGCUGGCCGUACACUCCACUCUAAGCGCAAGGCCGAACAAGAGCUCCCUCUCAUCCUCUCUGCUGAGCUCAAGCUCGCUGGCUCCACCAUUCUCGUCUCCGACGUCGCUGACGACUCCGCUGCACCAGCAAAAUCUGCUGGAUCUGGUGGCGUGGUGCUCUGCCUGGAGACUCAGGACGUCGACGCUGCCGUCGCAAAGGCCGUUUCUGCCGGAGCUGUUGCUGAGGGUGAGAUUGUUGAGGGUGAUGGCGCGUGCUGCGGUGGGCGCGUGGGCAAGGUCAAGGACCCCUACGGCUACGUCUGGCUCAUCUGUUCCGCAGCGAAGAAGUGUGCGGAGGUGGAAGCCUAGAAGCCGUCGGAUCUGAUUUUGUCAUGAGACUAUGUUUUACUGUCACUUUCUUUUGCUAUGUUUAGGGAAGCCGUUGUGGGCCCCGUAUCAGGAAAAGAAGUCUUUUGGACGUCAGGAUUUGGUUAAUCAUAGGGUUUAGUCUUUAUUUUUAAUAUUCUGAAGGCGAUGAUGAUAAUUGUUCUGUCGUUCUUUUUGGACAUUUACAAUCAACUCAAGACAUCUUUUUAACCUACAGCUGGCGCUGUAUUUUGACUA